UGCAAUUCCUGCAGGAGUGCCAGGCGGCAUGGGGGCGGAGCAUCCCCGGGUGGAGUGGUGCGAGUCCGGACUGCAGCAGUGCCACGGGCCUCACGUGCGACCCCUCCGGCAUGAUCAUUGACCUGCGACUCCGGAACUACAAGCUGGGAGGGCAGAUUCCAAAUUCCCUCAGCAGCCUCAGGAAGCUCACUUAUCUCGAUCUCGCAAGCAACCAGCUGCCUGGCAGCAUCCCUGCCGCUGUGACUGCACUCAGCCUGCUGAAACACAUGUUGCUCUUCAACAAUACGCUCACUGGCGCUAUCCCGGCUGACAUUGGCUCACUGACCAGCAUGGUCUCCCUCUCUCUCUUCUUCAACAUGCUUUCUGGCUCCGUGCCCUCCCCAAUCACAAAGCUGACUGCACUGACGUAUUUGUCGCUUGCCUUCAACCAGCUCAAUGGCCCCAUCCCGGCGGAGAUUUGCGUGCUCACCAAGUUGAAAAGCAUAGACCUUUCACACAACCAGCUGUCUGGCAGCAUUCCUGGUACCAUCGGCACACUCACCCAAGUCUUUUACCUCUCUCUUGACUACAACUUGCUGUCAGGAUCUGUGCCCUCCUCGAUCACAAAGCUCGCUUCUCUUACUUUCUUGAAUCUCCGUAACAAUCAGCUCACUGGUUCCAUUCUUGCUGAGAUUGGUAACAUGGCGAAACUAGUUUUUCUGUCUCUCCGCUUCAACCAGCUGUAUGGGAGCAUACCAAGCACUCUCACCCAGCUCACACAGCUCACAUUCUUGUCCCUAAAAAAUAAUCAACUCACGGGUUCAAUCCCUUUGGAUAUUGGCUCUCUACUAUCUCUAGCAUCCCUCAAUCUCGAGUACAACUUGCUGUCAGGAUCUGUGCCCUCCUCGAUCACAAAGCUCACUGCUCUUUCUUACUU